CCAGUUCCAGCUCUGUUUCGGAAACCCACUCCAUAAAUAGCCUUGCUCUCACCUCUCAGGAACCCUAGUUAAUUGAUUCUCACAGUUGCAGCGCCGUUCAUCCUCUCGAGCCCUACUCUCGUUCUCUGCUCGCAUCAAAAGGUAAGAAUCUCGUCGUUCCCAUUCCAAUCCCCCUCGCUGCUUUCAUAUCUAUGGUUUACCGCUCUGUUUAGUCUCUGGUUGGCGCUGUUCAUGUUACCUUCUGUUGCAUUCUUCUGUUGAUUUUGUGUUCCUCGUUCUCCGAUGUUAUGUAGAAACAAUGUCGUUCGGAGAGGUUGCUUGCAGCUACGCCGUCAUGAUUCUCCACGACGAUGGCAUCCCCAUCACUGCUGAGAAAAUCAGCGCAUUGGUUAAGGCUGCCAACGUGAACGUCGAGUCUUACUGGCCAAGCUUGUUCGCCAAGCUGGCUGAGAAGCGCAACGUUGAUGACCUGAUCAUGAACGUUGGCGCUGCUGGCGCCGGUGCUGCUGCCGUUGCCGCCCCUGCUGCCGCUGUUCCAGCUGCUGCAGCCGCCCCUGCCGCCAAGGAGGAGAAGAAGGUAUACAUUACUCUUGAAGAGCCUCAGGAAGAGAGUGACGAGGACCUGGGUUUCGGCCUCUUUGAUUAG